AUGAAGCCCUUGGCCACCAACAUGCAACAGGGUACUUUGCCAAGGAACUUCUUGAGUAUGAAUCUUAAAGACGGUCGAUAUAAGCAAAAGCCAAGAGAAAAGUUCAACAGACCCAUGGCCGGAAUAAUGUCUGACACGAUGGAAAGAGCCAAGCAGGCUGUCCUCGGACCCCGCGAGAGCGACAAGCUUCAUGACUUGGCGAAAGUCACUAAGGACAUCUCGCCCGAUCACCGAUUGACGACAGACUACGGAGUCAAGCAGACCACCCACGAUGACUGGCUCAAGGUUGCCAGCAGCGACAAGACGGGACCUCUUCUCCUGGAGGACCCUCUUGGCCGUGAGAAGAUCAUGCGCUUUGACCACGAGCGUAUUCCCGAAAGAGUCGUUCACGCCCGUGGCAGCGGCGCGUUUGGCAAAUUUAAGCUACUGGAGCCCAUCCCUGAGCUGACCAUGGCGGGCGUGCUCACAGAUACGUCGCGGGAAACGCCCGUUUUCGUGCGCUUCUCCACGGUGCUGGGCAGUCGUGGCAGCGCGGAUACUGUUCGUGAUGUGAGAGGUUUCGCGACUAAGUUUUACACCAAGGAGGGCAACUGGGACAUCGUUGGGAACAAUAUCCCAGUUUUCUUCAUCCAGGACGCAAUCAAGUUCCCUGACGUCAUCCAUGCGGGCAAGCCAGAGCCGCAUAAUGAAGUGCCGCAGGCGCAGUCAGCGCACAAUAAUUUUUGGGAUUUUCAGUUUAAUCAUACAGAGGCGACGCAUAUGUUUAUGUGGACGAUGAGUGACCGAGCCAUCCCCCGCUCAUUCCGCAUGAUGCAGGGCUUCGGCGUUAAUACAUUCACUCUAAUUAACUCCAAAGGUGAACGACACUUCGCCAAGUUCCACUGGACUCCCGAACUCGGCGUCCACUCCCUCGUCUGGGACGAAGCGCUCAAAAUCUCUGGUCAAGACCCCGACUUCCACCGCAAGGACCUCUGGGAAGCGAUUGCCAACGGCGUCUACCCCAAGUGGAAGUUUGGAAUCCAAGUGAUCCCGGAAGCCGACGAAAAUAAAUUCGACUUCGACAUUCUUGACGCAACAAAGGUCUGGCCCGAAGACUUAGUCCCAGUUCGCUACAUCGGCGAGAUGGAGCUCAACCGCAACCCUGACGAGUUCUUCACGCAAGUCGAGCAAAUCGCCUUCUGCACAAGUCACGUCGUUCCCGGCAUAGGCUUCUCGGACGACCCACUCCUUCAGGGCCGUAACUUCAGCUACUUCGACACACAGAUCUCCCGGCUGGGCGUCAACUUCCAGGAGCUGCCUAUUAACAGGCCGGUGUGUCCAGUCAUGAACUUUAAUCGUGACGGUGCCCUCCGCCACACCAUCACCCGGGGAACGGUGAACUAUUGGCCCAACCGCUACGGUGCCGUACCUCCUGCAACCCUCGACGAGGGCGGGUAUCUGGAGUAUGCCGAGCGCGUGGCAGGCAUCAAAGCCCGUAUGCGCAGCGCUAAGUUCAAAGACCACUUCUCUCAGGCCCAGCUCUUCUACAACUCAUUAUCUCCCAUCGAAAAAGCUCACUUAACCAACGCUCUGGCCUUCGAACUUGACCAUUGCGAGGAUCCUCUGGUGUACAGCCGGAUGGCGCAGCGCUUAGCGGACAUCGAUUUCUCUCUCGCAAAGGAAGUCCACUCGAGAAUCGGAGGAGAUCCCCCAUCUGAAACAAAUCGCCGCCCCAACCACGGAAAGAAGGCACCAAAUUUAAGCCAGUUCGAUUUUCCCCCUUCCAACCCGACCAUCGCUUCCCGCAGGGUCGCGAUCUUGGUUGGAGACGGAUACGAUCACUACGCCUUUUCUUCAGCAUAUGCAGCCUUAACAACGGCACAAGCCGUCCCCCUCGUUGUCGGCACGAAACGUUCCCGCCUCCGCGCCGCUAACGAUGCCGGCUCUACCGAACCCCAUCACCACCUCGAAGGAUUACGCUCGACGCUAGUCGACGCGCUCUUCAUCCCCGGCGGGACCGAGUCCAUCGCGACCCUAGCCUGCUCAGGUAGGGCAUUGCACUGGAUCCGGGAGGCAUUUGGGCAUUUGAAGGUGAUUGGGGCUACGGGGGAGGCAGUCUCGUUGGUGCAGAGCGCGAUUGGGCUGCCGGAGGUGAAGGUUUCGGGAGGAGGGGAGGUAGUGGAAUGUUUGGGGGUUGUUACGGUUAGAGAGGUGACGGCAGGGAGUUUGAAGGAGGCUGUAGAUUUGGUGAAGGGAGGGGAUGGGUUUAUGGAGAGGUUCUUUGAGGGGGUUGCAGCGCAUAGGUGCUGGGAGAGGGAGAGUCAAGGGCUUAGCAUAAGGAUUGCGUACUAG